UGCAGAUAGCAAAAUACCAACAAAAUGCGUUAUUUAUUUGAAUAGAAACGACGUUCACGUUCACCGUUCACUGCAGAGUUGUUAAAAAAUCGUAUGAAAUAAUAAUUUAUCUAAAAUUAUAACAAUCAACUACGGUUACUGUAUGUUCAUAUAGUGUAAACUGAUGAAAUUUCGCGUGACAAAAGGACAUCUUGAAAGCUUCUCAGUGUGCUUGCAUUGUUACUAAGAUGGAGAACAAGAAACCCGCAAGUGAUAAUUUCAAAGUGCCAACGUUGCCCGUAGGCCGCCGCCUGCAGUCGAGCUCCAAAGCGAACAUCGCAAACACGAAAGAAACCACUCCUGCGAGCAAGGAGAAAAUUCCCUUGUUAUUGAGAGACUUCGAAGUCGGGCGGACGCUGGGAAGUGGUAAAUUUGGAGAUGUGUAUCUGGCGCGCGAGAAGAAGUCCCAAUGCUUGGUAGCGCUAAAGGUGCUGGUCAAGAACGAGAUCAUGAACGCGGACAUCGAGCACCAGGUGCAGCGUGAGGUGGUGAUUCAGUCCCGGCUGCGGCACCCCAACAUCCUGCAAAUGUUCGACCACUUCCAAGACAAGAAUUUUAUCUGCCUCGUCCUGGAGUACGCCAUGCACGGCACGCUCUUCGGGCUGCUCAAGCAGCGCGGCAGCUUUGAUGAGAAAACUGCCGCCUUCUACAUCCGCGACCUCACCAAGGCCCUCAUCUACUGCCACGCCAAGAGUGUCAUACACCGUGACAUCAAAUCUGAGAAUAUACUUAUAGGAUGCAAUGGGGUGCUUAAAAUAGCUGACUUUGGCUGCUCUGUGCAGUCCCCAUCUAAAAGAAUGUCGUUAUGUGGAACUAUGGGAUACUUAUCACCAGAAGUGUUAGAAGCAAAAGGCCACAGCUACGAAGUUGACAAUUGGGGUCUCGGUGUGUUAUGCUAUGAGUUACUUGUAGGAUAUCCUCCGUUUCAUGGUGAGGACACAAGGCAGACUUUUGAAAAUAAUAGAAAUGUACGAAUUAAGUAUCCAGAGUAUGUGUUUGAGAAGGCAAAGGAUCUCAUGGGCAAGCUGGUGUUGGCGAACCCAGACAACCGGCUGCCCCUCACCAGUGUUCUGCAGCAUCCCUGGAUUGUAGAGAACGCCCCGCCGGGGGCGCUGCCUCCUGCCCUGACCCCCAAUGAAGAGAAUAUACAAUAAUUAUGUUGCAGGCUAAUGUUAAUUAUUAAUGCUGAGGCUUUUUUUACUGUAAAAAUUAAAUUUAUCUGUAUAUCUGCUAGGUAUUCUAAUUGUACUCAUUCUUAGGACAAGACCAAAUACAAGAUGUGAGACAUUCUCCUGGUUGAAAGGUAGCAAAUAUUUGCAUUCUGAUUAUUCUAUUGUGUAUUUAUUUCUCAAUAACCAGAUCCACACAGAGCAAUGCUCAGAGUAUGCUCGCUCUGUGUGGACCUGGCUAUUAACUUCUAGCUGCAGUCUUAAUAAGAAUGCACCUUUAGGAUAUUUUUCAUUAAAAUAUAGGGCUAUCUGUAAAUUAAUGAUGCAUGCCAUUUUAAUAGGAAUAUUGUUAAUUUGUUAGUAGCAUAAUUUAUAUUUUAAUUUUAUGAAAUGUAAUUAGAUAGUGAUUUAUAUGUAUAUUUUGUAAGGAGGAAAUAAUUGUAGUCAAUGUUGUAAUUCCUGCAUUUAUUAUGACUAGUUAGUUUGAGUCAAGUUUAUUUGGUAUGUUUAACACUAAUUAUGACUGAACUAGAUUUAAAGAAAUGUUAACUUAAAUCAUGAUAUUAUUAUAUAGUUUAAAUACAUAAUUAUAAAACCAA